CUCGGCGAAAGGGAAUUGGGUGGGAGUUUGGAUCUGCUUUUUACCCCCAGUGAGGAGUUGAAGCCGUCCCUGCGCCUCGCACACACUCUGCAUAUCACAAGAGUUGGUCUCUCCUCUCUCUUUUCUGGAGCUGCUGUAGGACUGGCUAUGGCCACCACCACUUCCGGGAUCCGUCAUUUCAUUCGCCCACCGCUCAGCGCUGCGAACUGACUCUGUUUCUAUAAGCAAGCUAGCAGCCAACCUGCCAACACUCGCUGACACUCACUCAUCCCAGUCUCGCCAGAUAGACGAAAUACCUACGGGGGGAAAGAAAAGGAGAGAUCUGAGUCGCAGUCUCUUAAUUUCUCCUGCCUUUUUGCCUCCUCUUCUUCUUCUUCUUCUUUUUUUUUUCCACAGUGAUAAUAAAACAAGAUAGCGAUCUGGAAGCAUUAAAGGAGACGCGGACUUGCGGGAUGAAAACGGACUAAAAAGAUUCGUCCUUCUCUUGAACAUCAUCACCAACCGUCAUUCAUUCAUUACCUUGACAACCUCUGGCUUUGAUUGACAGCUGGAGUGGCAAAAAGCCAUGAGACACGACAGUUUAGUUACAUGCAGGUUGUUGAUGGGCCGAUUGUAACCUUCACUUUGGCGCAUUUUUGCCUUUUUUCCCCGAGGAAAGAGGGAAAACGAGAAAAAUUGCAAAACUCCUCGAUGCUACGCUCUCGACUGAACCACACUGGCGAAUAGGAGCAUUCGCAAAGUUGGUCGAAAAGAGGAAUCCGGCCACUAAAUCACUUUCUAACCGGGACUGGGAUAUUAAAUAUACGACAGAUUCAGGAGUUUAUUGGAGCGCAGCCUGAUGGCGCAAAGGUACGAUGAGCUGGCCCACUACGGUGGGAUGGACGGAGUCUCGGCGUCCAUGUACGGGGACCCGCAUGGACCCCGGCCGCUUCCCCAGGUCCACCACCUGAACCACGGACCGCCGCUGCACGCCAGCCAGCACUACGGAGCCCACGCUCCCCAUCCGAACGUUAUGCCCACGAGCAUGGGCUCUGCUGUCAACGACGUUUUAAAGAGGGAUAAAGAUCAAAUUUAUGGUCACCCUUUAUUCCCACUGCUCGCACUGGUUUUUGAGAAGUGUGAGCUGGCGACGUGUACUCCGAGGGAGCCCGGCGUUGCAGGCGGCGACGUCUGCUCCUCAGACUCCUUCAACGAGGACAUUGCAGUCUUUGCCAAACAGGUCCGAGCAGAAAAACCUUUAUUUUCAUCAAAUCCAGAGUUGGACAAUUUGAUGAUACAAGCCAUACAAGUAUUACGGUUUCACCUAUUGGAAUUAGAAAAGGUGCACGAGCUCUGCGACAAUUUUUGCCACCGGUACAUCAGCUGUUUGAAAGGAAAAAUGCCAAUAGAUCUAGUAAUCGACGAACGGGAUGGCAGCUCGAAAUCAGAUCACGAAGAGCUCUCGGGAUCAUCGACUAACCUUGCAGAUCACAACCCAGCUUCCUGGAGAGACCACGAUGACGCCACCUCCACACACUCGGCCGGCACACCGGGGCCCUCCAGCGGGGGACACGCUUCACAGAGCGGCGACAACAGCAGCGAACAAGGAGAUGGCUUAGACAACAGCGUUGCAUCACCUGGCACAGGGGAUGACGAUGAUCCAGACAAGGAUAAGAAGAGGCAGAAAAAACGUGGCAUUUUCCCCAAGGUGGCCACGAACAUCAUGAGGGCGUGGCUAUUCCAGCAUCUCACGCACCCGUACCCCUCUGAAGAGCAGAAGAAGCAGCUAGCCCAAGACACAGGCCUCACCAUCUUACAAGUAAACAACUGGUUCAUCAAUGCCAGGAGAAGAAUAGUACAGCCUAUGAUUGACCAGUCAAAUCGAGCAGGUUUUCUUCUUGAUCCUUCAGUGAGCCAAGGAGCAGCGUACAGUCCAGAGGGCCAGCCAAUGGGCAGCUUCGUGCUGGACGGUCAGCAGCACAUGGGGAUCCGACCAGCCGGUCUGCCAGGCAUGCCGGGGGAGUACGCACCUCAGAGCGGUCCUGUGGGCAUGAGCAUGGCCCGAUCCACCUUCCCCAACCCGCAUCAGAUGACCUCUCACCCCUCCCAGUACCGACACGGACCCCCUCUCCACGCCUACCUGCCCGACCACCCCCACGCCCACCACCCGCAUCACCACGCCCACCACCACCACCACCACCACGCCAUGCUGAUGCACGGAGGACCCGCGUCGCACCCAGGAAUGAGCAUGUCUGCGCAGAGACCCCCUUUGCUCACUCCCAUCGACCCCAGUGCUGGAGGACAAGGCCUGGACAUCCACGCCCAAUAGUAGAAGGGAACUUUGACAACAGCAGCUACUACAAGAAAACAGUCACACACAAAAAAAAGAAAGCAGCAGCUCACAAUAAAUCCUAUUUUGAGACUAUUUUUAAGAAUAAAACGUUGAACCCUUUUGACCAGAAUUUGACACUAAAGAAACAGAAUUCCAGAUGAGCUGUGAUAAUUCUUUUCUUCUUCUUUUUUUUUUUUUUCUUUUUUUUUUUUUAAUAACUUGUCAAUUUUGUUACUUUCAACCGAACGGAGGACCAAGCUGACAAGAACACUUUGUAAAGUCUUGGGCUUUUGGUUAAGAUCAACAGAGGAUGUUCUGAACACGCACACGUGUGCAACGGAUGGACAAGACGCACACAUUCGAAGACAGACACACACACACACAAACACACAGGCACACACUUCUCGCACACUCACCUACAAACCUUCAUAAACAUUGUUCUGUACACUUUCAUGUGACGCGCGUGCGCAAACGCUUUCGAAAAUAAAAAUCACUCCGGAAAAGGUUUUAAAAAAGAAACAACAGAAAGACUCCAAGAGUUAUAACUACUGUAGUAUAAAAAGUAUAGAUAAAUAAGUUAAAACUUGUGCAUUUUUUGUUGAUCACAUGGUUUAUGUUUCCUGAGCUAGUUUUAGAAUUAAAGGUUAACCUUUUUCUCUCUCUCACACUGUGUGUGCUCCUUCCCGGAGGAGAAACUGUCUCACAGCACAGCACUAUAAAAGAAAAAAAAAAGAAACAAUAAGAAGAUGGAACAUCUCAAAAAGGCUCCAGACCACAGAGGGCAAUCAGGUCCUGUCCCCCCAUAAGAGCAGGGCAUGAUGGGAAAAGGCUGCUAAAUGACACCGGAUCUCUCCAGAAGAUUCAGCUUGAACAUUUGUCAUGCCCCCUUCUUCUUUUUUCUUUUUUUGGUUCAUGAAUGAAUGUUGCCCUGUAGGUUUUAAAGGAGAAAAAAAAAAGUUCUUUGUUUGAAUUGCCCAAGCACUGGAUUGUGUUGGUUUUAUACAUUUUUAUUUGAAUAUUAUUUUAUUUUUUUGUACCCUGGACUCUCGUUGGUUAGAGCCGAUUGAAGGAAGCUUCACAGUGGAAAAGCAACAUCCUCCGGCGCUCUCCUCCACCUGCGGAUCAACACUCUUUGCCAUAAACGGACGAUACUGACACACGCGUUGAUUCCGUGGCACCGGAGAAAGCAUUUGAUGGUUGAUGCACCAAAAAACCUAAAACUUUAAAGAAAAAAAAAAGGAAAAAAAAAAAAAAAACUUAAAUUAUGAACUCAAUGCUUUUUUGGGGGAGGAGUGGGGGGAGGGGUGAAAAAAAAGCUGAGAGAAUAUUGUAACAAACUUCGUACAGAGUUCAGUCUAUUAAUUGUUUCAUGUUAGAUAUUCUAUGUGUUUACCUCAAUUGAAAAAGAAUGUUUUUGCUAGUUUCAGAUCUGCUGUGGCAUUGAUAUUGUAUGUCCAUGAAUUCCUUCCUUUUUCAGCACGUGUUCCUCACUAGAUGAUAAGAUGCCGUCUCCCUUAAGCUUUGUCAAAAAUACAUUAAAUACUUGUAUGAGGACUGUGACGUAAUGUUUAAAAGGUGUUCAGUCACAAAUGCUGUAAUAAAUAUUUCAUUUUUGA